AGAAAAUAGUGAUUUGUAUAACUUAAAACUUGAACGUUUCUUUUUCUUCUACUUAGAAUGGAUCUAAACUUAAACGUUUUAGAAGGUCUAAAAUUAAGUGGCGAUGGUUUAUACUUGCAGGAAAACGACUUUCCUAUUUUAUGUCGUGCAAUUUUUGAAGUAUUAUUAAAAGAAAAGAAAGCUGAAGACCUAUUAUCUACUCUUCAUUCUGAUGGUUCUGUUAUUAAGCAAUCAUUUUAUGGCCUAUGCACUUUAGUUGUAGAAUCUUGCAGGAAUGCUGUUGAACAGAGCAGUGUCAGCUCAAUAUUAGAAGAUUGUAACUGGUCAUCUGAACGAAUAUCAAUUUUUUCAGAACAACUUAAGAUCAACCAAAAAGAGCUUCGAAUAAAUUUGGCAAGGAUUACUUCAACAACUCAUCCACAUAUUGUUGAUGUCGAUUGGAAACUUGAUUAUAACAUUAAAAGCAAUUUGUUAGAAAAGGUAGAUAGCUUCAAUUACUUAAUAUCACUUAAGACUCAGGAGCCUGGAUCGAAUAGCAGUAUUGAUUUUUCGUGUUCUGUAGAAGAUCUUCAGGAUUUAGUUAGUAAACUUAAGGAUGCAGUAAAAAGUGUAGAAAAAGCAAGUCAAAUUUAAUAUCGAAAAAAUAGAUUUGAAUACUUAUUUAAAAAAAGUUAAAACUUAAAUGAAGAAAAAUGUCAUAGCAAAGAACACAACAAAUUGAUUUCAACAAGGAAAACACCAAAUUGAUUUGGUGGAAUUGAAGAAAUAAGCAUUUCUAAUAAGAAAAACAGCGAUUCUAUUAAGAAAUAA